AUGCCCCCUCUUCCACAUCCGCCGCUUCCCCGCAUCAUCACAUAUUACCAGACUCAUCAUGACAAAGAUGGCAAGCCAAUAUCAGUUCUGCCCCUGCUUACACAGCCUCACGUGGGCAUCACGCAUGUCAUCUUGGCUGCUCUGCACCUGAAUGAGGAUCCAGCAGCGAUGACAUUGAAUGACCACCACCCUAAAGACCCCCGCUUCACUACUCUCUGGGCCGAGAUGAGAGUGCUUCAAGCAAGUGGUGUUAAAGUCCUUCUCAUGCUAGGUGGUGCAGCCAGAGGCUCCUAUGAGAGACUAGAUUCAGACGACGCCAAAUUCGAGAGGUACUAUCUCCCUAUGCGGGACCUAAUACGAGAACGAGCUCUGGACGGAAUCGAUUUGGACGUGGAAGAAGAGAUGAGCUUAGGAGGGAUAAUUCGGCUUAUCGACCGGAUUCGCGCGGACUUCGGUCCCGAUUUUCUCAUCACCAUGGCCCCUGUGGCUGCUGCGCUGCUGGAUUCUCGGAAAAACAUGUCUGGGUUCGAUUACGAGGCAUUGGAAGUCAUGCGGGGCAAAGACAUUGCUUGGUACAACGCGCAAUUCUAUUGCGGCUGGGGGGACUGCUCUAACCCUGUCAUGUACGAGAUGAUCAUAUACAAGGGCUGGAAGCCGGAGAAAGUCGUGGUGGGUCUGCUUACGAGCCCCGAGAAUGGCAACGGAUGGACACCAUGGGAAGCGCUGGCGAACGUAAUUCCUCUGCUGCUCGGGCGGCACGCUCGUUUCGGCGGAGUUAUGGGCUGGGAAUACUUCAACAGCCUCCCUGGUGGGAGAGAACGGCCGUGGGAGUGGGCGCAGUGGAUGACAACAGUAUUGAAGGGCCGGCGGACUGAGUCUCAGGAGAUGGUUGCGCCGAGCGGAAACGUCGUGGCGGUGCCAGCGGCGGAGAAAAUCCCCGAGACACGGGACGCCGACGAGGGUGACGGAGAAGCAGAGGUACCGCAAAGCUUCGAAUACUAUUCCGACGGAGCUGCUGAGGAUUGA